AUGGGAUUUGGAGUGCUCAAUGGCAUAUCGAUUGGACUUCUUAACUUGAGUCUUGGUUUCAAUUCUGUUGGUUUCUAUCAGAUGACAAAGCUGGCUAUUAUUCCCUGUACUGUUAUAUUGGAGACCCUUUUCUUCAGGAAGAAAUUUAGUCGGAAUAUCAAGCUCUCCCUUAGUGUGCUCCUUGUUGGUGUUGGUGUUGCAACUGUAACUGAUCUGCAACUCAACACUGUAGGAUCCAUACUGUCCCUGCUGGCAAUCAUCACAACCUGUAUUGCUCAGAUCAUGACAAAUACAAUACAGAAGAAGUUCAAGGUAUCUUCAACGCAGCUUCUGUACCAAUCUUGCCCAUACCAAGCAUUGACUUUGUUCCUUAUCGGUCCAUUCCUUGAUGGAUUUUUGACUAACCAAAAUGUCUUUGCUUUCGAUUACACAACUCAAGUUCUGUUUUUCAUCGUGUUGUCAUGCCUGAUUUCAGUCUCAGUAAACUUCAGCACUUUUCUCGUGAUUGGGAAGACAUCUCCUGUAACUUACCAAGUUCUUGGCCAUCUGAAAACAUGCUUGGUUCUCACCUUUGGCUAUGUUCUGCUUCACGAUCCGUUUAGCUGGAGAAACAUACUUGGAAUCCUAAUUGCAGUAAUUGGGAUGGUUUUGUAUUCAUACUUCUGCACUAGAGAGACUCAGCAAAAACCAGCAGAAGUCUCCCCGCAAGUCAUUCAGGAUAAAGAGGGUGAAUCAAACCCUCUGAUCUCGGACUCCCUGAGCGCUGCUGAAAACGGGGGCAGUGCCACCGACGACGAACCCCUGAAGGUACCAAUGUGGAGCUCAAAGUACUCGAAGGCGUGA